AUGCUCGUCCUUUACGAAACCUCGCUCGGUUUCUGUCUCUUCAAGCUCACCGACGAUGCCAAGCUCGACAGCAAAGAUGUCUGGAAAGACUUUGAGACACCGGAGAAGGCAAACAAGCUCCUCAAGCUGAAAGCCAUCCACCGCUUCACCUCAACAGCAACAGCCGUAGAGGAAGUUACUGCGCUUCAGGAGCAGAAGCUCUCGAAGUCUCUGAAAAAGGAAGGGAAGGGCAAGGAGACUCUAGCAGUGUUCGAAGCUGGCUUGGCUAUCAAGGAUAAGUUGGACAUCAAGGUCGUAUCCCCCAAGAUGACCGAGCUUUUCCACGGCAUUCGUUCGCAACUUACCUCGCUGCUUGACGGUCUGGAUCCUCAAGACCUUGCCACUAUGAGCCUCGGUUUGAGUCACUCAUUAUCACGAUUCAAGCUCAAAUUCUCGCCUGACAAGGUCGACACCAUGGUCGUCCAAGCAAUUGCUCUUCUCGACGACCUCGACAAGGAGGUGAACAUCUACGCGAUGCGUGUCAAGGAGUGGUAUGGCUGGCACUUCCCCGAAAUGUCCAAAAUCAUCGCCGACAACAUCGCGUAUGCCAAGGUCAUCAAAGCGAUGGGCUUCCGGACAAACGCUGCGUCCACCGACUUCUCCGCAAUCCUCCCAGAAGACCUCGAAGCCACUCUGAAGGCGGCGGCGGUCAUUUCCAUGGGUACCGACAUCUCCGACUCUGACAUUGCUCACAUCAACUCGCUAUGUGACCAAGUCAUCCAGAUCUCCGCAUACCGUGCACAGCUGGCAGAAUACCUCCGUAACCGCAUGAACGCCAUUGCACCAAAUCUCACCGCCCUCGUUGGCGACCUCGUGGGCGCACGGCUGAUCAGCCAUGCGGGCAGUUUGCUCAGCCUCGCGAAGCACCCAGCCAGUACCAUCCAGAUCCUCGGCGCCGAGAAGGCGCUCUUCCGUGCUCUCAAGACGAAGCACGACACGCCGAAGUACGGUCUCAUUUACCACGCAUCCCUCAUCGGCCAGGCGCCGCCAAAGCUCAAGGGCAAGAUGGCGCGCAUGGUCGCCACCAAGGCGGCGCUCUCCGUCCGCGUCGACGCGCUCUCGGACGCGGACGGCAAGUCGGAACCGACCGCGCCCUCGAUCGGGGUCGACAACCGGGCGAAGCUCGAGGCGCGCCUGCACGCGCUCGAGCAGCAGGGCGACGGCGCGGCGGUGCGCUCCGCGUUCGCGGGCCGCAAGCAGGCCCGGUUCGCGAUGACGGGCGAGACGCGGACGUACAACGCCGCGGCGGACGCGGUCGACCUCGUGCCGGCGCAGCGCGAGCCGAUGGCGGCGGCGGUGCAGGCGGUGUUGGACGUGAAGGCGGAGAAGAAGAAGGCGAAGGAGGAGCGGCGGGCGAAGAAGCGGGCGGAGAAGGAGCAGAUCGCGGAUGGCGUGGAGGAGGCGCGGAUGGAUGUGGACGGGGAGGACGAGGAGGUGGAGAGCAAGAAGGAAAAGAAACGGAAGCGGAGAGAAAGCGAGGGCGGGGCGAUGGACGUCGACGUGGAGGAGAAGCGGGAAGAGACGAAGGAGGAGCGCAAAGCGCGGAAGAAGGCAAAGAAGGCGGAGGAGGCUGCCGCGGCGGCGUCAGCAGAGGCGGGUGAGGCGGAGAACGGAGAUGCGAAGAAGAAGAAGAAGAAAAAGUCUGAAGCAUGA